AUGAACUUGAGGUUCUUUGAUAUGGUGCUUCCAGUUGUUUACUCGGACCACAAUCCCUUACUUAUCAAGUGUAACAAUGGUCCUCUCCAGCUGAAACCCAAUGCUUCCAGGUUGUUCAGGUAUGAAGCGGUUUGGUCUGGGAAACAAGAAUGCAAAGAUAUCAUUGACAGUUCCUGGUCUCACCAGGGGGGACAAAGCAGUUCGUUUGGUUGGUUUAAAGAGGGAAUAAGGAGAUGUAGGGAGAAACUUGAAUUCUGGGCCAGGAGCAAUGCAAGGGAGGCUAGGAAGGAGCUUAAAGUAAACUUGCAAAAACUUCCGUCACUGCAGAAUGUUAACAAAGGGGACUUGAACGGGAGGAUUACAGACAUCCAAUACCAAGUUGAUGCUCUGCUAGCAGAAGAAGAAAUAAAAUGGAGGCAACGCUCUAAACAAAUGUGGCUUAAGUGUGGGGACAAGAAUACAACCUAUUUCCAUAAAUGCGCAUCCCUAAGGAAACAACGAAAUACCAUCAGAAGUAUAUUGAAUGACAGAGGGGAAAUGUCCACUACACAGGAUGAGAUUGGUAACACUUUCCAACUAUUCUACCAACAUUUAUUUUCGUCCUCUCAUCCGACAGGCAUUGAAGAAGUGAUUCAGGAUCUUGAGACCAUGGUUUCCUCUGACAUGAAUGAUCAGCUACAGAGAUCCUGCACAGAUGAAGAAGUUAAGCGAGCACUUUUUGAAAUGGAUCCGAUGAGCUCCCCUGGCCCCGAUGGUUUCUCUGCUGAUUUUUACCAAGACAACUAG